GGGAUUUAGGCACACCCCACUUAACAGAUCCCAAAUACGAAUAAACGAAGGUCGUGAAUGUUACUGCCAUUCACAGUAAAUUGACACCAGAAUCCAGUUUAAUUUGUAUUCAAUACAGUAAGAUCUGUCUAUUCGUGAUUGGAAGAUGAGGAUACCCAGUACGUAUUUAGAGAGCAUCUACGUAGGCAAUUAUCUAAACGUGACACAAAUGGUCAUCCUAAAGAAACAUGUCAUAGUCUUCACUUUCCUGUGGAAACAGCGGUGAAGAUAGUUGGCAACCUACACUUGAACAUUAGCAAUCGACAUUGAUUGAUACGACGAGACUGAUUCCAUCUGGCUCUGAUCACAAUGAAAACCGAAAGCAACCCAAAUGUGAACUCAAAGCUAUCUACCCAAACUUAUUCAGGGCAUGUAGAGAGUUGUCAUGUAUAUUGACGACUACUAUGUCCACCAGGGAUGUUCACCGUCAUCCUUCAUAUUUAAAUUCGUCACAAACGUACUAAUCGGCACAACCAUAUAUACUUCCAAAGUCACAUUGACUGUCCUACUACUCCCUGGAAUGCUUCUGGUUGAUUUGGAUAGUGUAGACGCUACUGUCUUGCAAGGUGAAGACGCUGACAAAGUACACUAUCUCCCGAAUAUGUUGAGUAGAAAUCUGAGUGUGUCUAGCAUGCAUUUCUCUGGGACCAGUCAAAUGUAAGAUAAUGUUCCAUCACUAGUCUGCUUCAAGUACUCUCAGUUUAAUGACAGGGAUUGAAGCGGUGGAAUAUGUCGACCGUUUCAUUUACUUGGGGAGUUGUAUUGACCUGAAAGGUCUGAUUGCUGACGAAAUCUCAGCUCAGAUACAGAACGUUUACUUGGUAUUUGGCAACCUACAUCUUCUAUGACACCAACUAGUGAGAUAUCCAACUAUCUAUUAAAGGACGAGAAUACUGCACUGUUGUUUGUUUUGGCCUGUAUACACAUGUGAGACAAGGCGUUUGAAAGGAGAAGAUGUGAAGCAGUUGCAAGUGUUCGGUCACGCGUAUCUUUGUUCGCGUUUGGUGGAAUCGACGUGUGAGGAAUAUUGAGUUGAAGUUAAGGGUACUAGACAAGAUAGAGGCAAGUCGAUUGAUGAUUUUGUGAACCUUCAUCUACUGAGGUGGAUGGGACAUAUAACUGGGUAUGUCGAGUCACCACCGACGUCGUCGUUCCAUGAUGACGGACUAUAUUGGAAGAGGGUUUAGAGUGAGGAGUUGGAGACCUGACAACAGUUGAUUAGCUUUCUAACUGUUGAUCUCGACAGUGUGAGGAGACAUAGACUUGUUGGUUGGGGUCCCCGAGAUGAGGAAUCUUAUUGACAUGGCUGAAAAUCGGUCACAGUAGUCACUCAUCGACAUCUUCUGAACCUUGAAUAUUCUCACUAACCUUUAUCCUCAGAGUUUUAAUUCUCUCAUACAAUUUUUGCUACUUUGAUAUUUCUGUUUUUGCAUCGACUUGAUGUUUGCUAAGUACUGUGAAGUGUAGUAAGUUGAACGGAGUAACCUGUUUGUCAGGUUCUACGUUGAUUUUGUCAAUGUCAGUUGGUCUUCGGGAUUCCGAAUUCUCCCUCAGCUAAAUAAGUGUUUAAACUUGAGGUCGAACACUUCUGUUCUAGAUUCUAUAUUGGUUCUUUAAGUUUUUCUGUACACUGUGUGUAUAUCGAACUUUCCCUAGAAGCUGUAUUCUGGUACAUAUGUUGGGUGUUCAUUAAGCUGAUAACCGUCGUUGAGUAAAGUAUAGUAACCGAUUGGGUGAACAAUUCUUAAAUGAUUAACAAAUUGCACCAUCUGGAUUGAUAUUUGUUGGGGUACACCGAUGAUGAACUCACGUCUAAUGGAGCAGUAUUUAGAUUAUUAUCUGACUGACGAAAUCUACUGAUCAAUCAGAUUGAUUUCCGACUUCUCAAGUUGUUCAGUAAUAGCAUAUUUCGUAAGUUCAUAAUAGUUUUGUGUCAGAGAUCACACCUUGUGUUUUCGAAUGGAAACGGUGUUGACACUACAGUUGGUUGGUUGAAAAACUGAUCAGCUGUGAAAAAUGUGAACGUGGAUUGUGCAAUUACUAAAUCAUUUUCAAAUUGAUCGUCCUGUUUUAGUUACACCGGUCCACGAUAGUCAACUUAUCAGAUACAAGUGAUCUGAAGUAAUUCAUCUGUAUGGGCUAAAUUAGUCCAGGUACACCACUGAUGAGCUUGGCCCUAAAUGAGCGAAACCGGUGUUUAGAUUACUCUCAUCCGGUUAGUAAAAUCUACUGAUCAACCUGAUUGGCUUUUUACUUGUCUGUUCGUUCAAUAGUAGAGUGAUCAGUGUUGAAAGAUUAUGCACAAGAGUGUAGUGGCUAGAAUGGUAAUUUUUUAUCAAGUGAAAUGUGAUUGGUUAUUUCAGUAGUUGUUUUGAUAAUGUUUUGUAAAUUCCCAUAUUGUCCGAGUUCUGCUGCAUAUUUGGUGGAAUUAUUUCUUACCAAUGAAAUACGAGUGUGGCAUUGUCUUGUUUUAAGCAAUGAAAUUCAACCAUGUAAAUUACUUAAUUUUUAUCUCUCUUCUCGUUUUACUUCAUUAUUCGAUUUGCUGGUUCGGUUCCCACUAUUUUGUGUUUCCACCGGGCUGGAUUUGAAAGUGUUCUUUUGAGCCAAUCAUAACCUGGCUAAUAAGUUUGUGAAGUGACUAACAGAAGAAUACAAGACACAAAAACACUACUGACGCAAUGAGAUACUUGGGGUGUACACGAAUAGCGACUGUUCUCUCAACUCUGAUACUUCACUAAGCCGCGAAAAUCAGAAGACAAAGACUGGCCUGUGACGCCAAGAAGGACAAGGAAGACAAAUUUGUUUGACAAAAAAAGUAUCAUUUAUGUACAGUUUUUUCUCAGAUAAGGAAGCCACUAGGUCAGAAGUUGGAUAGCUAUUUGAUUGGUCAGCUGUAGGAUAAAAUUAUCCAGUCAGGUUUCUCCUGACAACACAGUAACAUGAAACAAGUUUGGAAUCUAAAGCUUAGAAUGCUGAGUUUGAUUUUGGGCACUUCUUAUCAGUUUAUAGUUCUCAACGAAGCAUUCAGAUGUUUUAUUCUCCCAAGAGUAGAGGUAAGUGAAGGAGACGAAACUAGAGGUUUGCAGGUACUAUUACUUAUUGAUAUACUUGUAAUUCUCCUUUGUUAUACUGAAUCUAGUUGACCGCACAUUGUUGGCCUAUGGUCUCUUAUGUGGAUGAUUCAAUAUUUCCUGAAUAUUUAUUUUAUGAUUGACUUGGUACAUUGACAGGUGCAUCCGGCUGACGAGUCUUAAAUAGAACGAAACGUGCAUCCUGGGUUCCAUUGAUAGCCACAACCAGGGUCUGCAGCUAUUUAAGCUUAUUUUAGUGAGGGUUUUUUAUGAAAGCAUUUUUUAUUGACGCUAUCACCUUGUAGUAAAUUCUCAGAACACAAGAAAGAUGGAAUGGAAUACUUUAGUCGGCUUUUGACACAACUGACUCGUUUAGUGUAUCAAAGGACUUGAUCGGAAAGACUAUAGUUUAACUUACAACGUAAUGAAUACUUAAAAUCUAUCUCUGAAGAUUUCGUUUUUUUAUAUGCUCAUUGAAAGUUUAGAAUUUGCACAAUUACUCAUUCAGAGGUGUAAUUGGUAAAACGAAAUCAUGACAGGUGUUAGUGAAUAAAUUUCUUUUCUAGGCGAUGUCGUCUCUUGCACAUAUCUAAACACUUGACACUGCACAUUAGUAUCAAUUACGUGAUGUUUUCACUGUAUACUAGCAGUCCUAUAGAGACACCUCGAUGAUGAAACACGCAGAGUUAUCGAAUAUCUUCAAGCUUUGUACAGAACUCCCAACACCAACAAUUUGCUUACUUGACCUUCUACAGCAAGGUUUAUGACUGAAGAUGGCUCAUAUUGGUGUAUGCCUCCUUGACUUUCGAUAUACAGUUAGAAAUGUCAUCAGUCACUCUUUCUUGCACCACUUCGUCUUCUUAUUGUUUCUCUUGAACACUCACUCAUCGGUCGUCGCAGUAUGUGCUACUUAAUGUAUUUAUAAGUAGCAAACAUCACACUACCUAAUUUUGGUUGGCCUAGUUAGUACUUUCAUUAAAGCAUACAUUGAACAGGUAAUAGAGUUAAGGUUGGCAGAAAUGUUUAAACUUUAGAAAACAUCACCAAGGGUUUCUAACCAUUGAUUCUUAUCGUCUCGAAGCGCUCAGCUACAUGGUCUAUGCCUCUCUACGUGACUCAGACCAACAGUCAGAGACUUCAUGGACUUAUGCCAUAUAUCAUGAUCUAACCGCCAUUCCAACCCAACUUGAGUAGUAACAAUCAAGUAUAAGAUAAUAUGUUAAUGUCUAAUGAGUUAUAUACCCUUGUGUAACAUAUUUUAUUCCAAUAAAUAUCAACUUCUGCAAAAUGUUAAUGUACGCAUCUUAUUAAGAAUGUACAAAUAUAUUUCAAUUUUUCACAGAUAUGCUGUCAAAUUCAAGUCAGAAAUCGGUUAAGAAGUCAAAAUCUGCUUUCAAGGGAUUAUCUAGAUCCAAGAAGCAUAAGAAAGAUGAAUCAAAUGAUGUCAAUGUACAAAUACAAAGUAAUCAUGAUAAAUCUUCAAAAAAGAAGUCUCCUUUUCAAACAAUCAGCACAGAUUUCUUACAAACAACAAAUAAUAUUGUCAGUGGAGUAAAUCAUUCUGUCAAUAAUGAUAGUUCGAUGCCAAUGAUGACACAUGUUAUUACUACUCCUACAACUACCAACAGUAUUACUUAUACUGCCCCUGAAAGUAAUAGUAUCCUCAGUAUUAAAGAAACAAAAAAACGAAAAAUGAAGAAGAAACAAAAAGAUUUUGAACAGUUCAGUGUCAAUGUUGAGAAUAAUCUACCAACUAAUCAACAGUCUGAAAUAAUACAUCAUAAUAAUACUAUAAAGGGUAAAAAGAAACGAGGCUUAAAAUUGCACUCGCAUAAAUCAAUGUUAGGUGAAGAAAUUUUGAAAGUGGUAAACAAGCCAAUUUUUGGGGUUUCUUUAGAUGUUGCCUAUAACAGGAAUCCAAGUCAUGAUGAAGUUAUUCUACCGGCAUUUUUCCGUCAUUGUAUCGACUAUAUCGAACAACAUGGUCUCAGUUCAGAAGGCAUAUAUCGUGUGCCUGGAGUACACUCUCAAGUCCAAGCAGUUAUCUCUUCUAUUGAUAAUGGUCAAGAAUUUCCAGAUAUUCCACCAACAUCAGCUGCAUUCUAUCAUAAUGAAGAUAUUUUUACUAAACUACGUUCUAGUCAUUUUCUUACCGGUUCUGAUAUUACUACAAAAGGGAAAACUCGACAUUCAACCUCGUCUCACUCUGGAACUAAAGAAAUCACUUCUAUUCUGUUGCCUAAAACUCAAGAUAACCGUGGUGUAAUUGCCUCACCUGCAUCGUUCAAUUUCACAUCUGGUGGUUUUUAUCCUCGAAACUCUGUCAUCGGUGCCGGUAGUGGUGUCACUGUCAGUACUGCUGUUGGCAGUGGUCAUUCACCUGUAAAAUAUCCUUAUUCCACUUCAUUGCUGACCACUACGACAACUACAAGUUCGCAUUCAAUUCUACCACAUGAUCCAGCGGUUAUUGCAAGUGUUAUUAAACACUUUCUACGUAGUCUACCUGAACCAAUAUUAACAAAACGCUUGAGCAAUGUUAUCGAGUCAUUGACAACAGAUACUGUGCAAUUUUAUCAUAAUUUAUCUGCAUUGAUACACCAAGAAUUACCCGUGUCCAAUCGUUACCUACUAGCAUGGAUUAUUCAACAUAUGAUGCAUAUUAUUGAUAGAGCUGGUGAAAAUCGUAUGACACUAGCUAAUAUUAUUAUUGUUCUCUCACCGUGUCUAGGCAUUAGUCAUCGUUUAUUGUCUAUCCUAUUGAAUCCUACACCACCAGAAAAUUUCACCUUGGAUCUAUGUAAAUUAGAUCCAAAAUUGCCAUUAUUCAAUCCGAACAAGUCGAAUAUCGAUCCGAGUACAUGGCAUUGGUUAUUUCCUCAUCCAAUAUAUUUAUUAAAACCAUAUAUACCUCCCUUGAAAUUAACGCAUGGUUUAGAAUUACCUGAUUCCACUGAAGAAUUAGACAUUGAAUUAAAAAAACAAGAAUCUCUACUAUCUCAUCUAUAUGAACAAAUUAAAGCGGGUGAAACAAAUCCUGGUAAAGAAUAUCUACUACGUGAUGUUCAGCAUAUUGUUACUGAAAUAAAACGUCGUAAAACACUAACUGAUCCAGAGGCUAUUCGACAAGAAAUAAUUAAACAGCAAGCACAAUUGGAUAAAUUACAUUUAGCAAUAGCUCAGAGUACAAUAACUGAUGCACAUUCAGACACAUCGAGUGGAUUAUCACAAUCGAAAGAUACCUCAUUACCCAGCAGUGGUCAGCGUCGAAGAAUUACUGGAAGCGAAAAGCCCUCAAAGAGCCAUCAACAUCAUCAGCGUCAAUUAACGGAUAAAAAAAUUCCAUAUUCUGAUGAGUUAUGGGAAGUUCAACGUCAAAUAACAAUGCUUAAGCGUAAGUUGAAACAACAUGAAAAGUCGAAUGAACAACAACAACAACAACAACAACCAUCUUCAACGGUGAUUAAUUCAGAGGUCAAUACAACAAUAACGACGACAACAACAACAAGAACAAUUGCAACAGCAUCACCACCUCUAUCAUCAACAACAGCAUAUUGUCAACCACCAUCUGUGUUAUAUAUGUCUGGUGCUCCAUUGAUUAUACCAUCAAUUUCAGAAUUGGAUCAAGAAGAAGUACUUAAUCUGACAUUAAGGAAAUUACCAAUUGAACCAAUUCUAAUCACAACAACAACAGUGACUGGUGAUGAUGAAUUACCUUGCUCUAAAACACUCAACAGUGCUACUUAUAGUGAUAAUACAGUAGUAUGCUCACAAACACCAACAAUUUCAUCAGUAAAUGAGGAGACAAUUAAGAAAGAAAUCUCAUCUGUAACCACAACUGUGGUAACAACAACAACAACAACACCACUACUAGAUGAUGGUGAUGAUGAUAAGAAAGAUCAAGAUAUUAAUGCAUCACUGAAAGAGACUGUUAAAAUAACGAAUACUUCUACAACGUCUACUGGAUACUCUACAGAUGGUAUUGAAACUCAUCCUGAUACUAUAUCCAUCUCUGAUAUUCAUGAAAGUCAACAAGAUGAAUCUACUGCAAAGUUAAACCAAAUUCCAACCAAUCAUGACCAAGUCAUUGAAGAAGCGAAUGAUCUAAAUUGUAUCCACCCAACAAAAAUUUCACUUAAAACGGAUAAUGAUCUAUACAAUCAAAACUCAAAGAUUACUACUGUAUACCCGAGUCAAACAAUUUCUAGCUUUACAAACUCUCAUUAUUUAAUGAAUAAUUCACCAUCAUUACCACCACCAUCUGAUUUAGCACCAAAGUUGAAAGAAUUCACUGAUUUUCUUACCGAUGACACAACAACAAUAACAACAACGACUAAUGUUGUUCUACAAGAUCCUAAUCAACGUAAAAUUAUGUAUUAUAAAGCACGUAAACAAGAAUUAAUUGCCAUACAAGCAGAUUUAAGAGCACGAAUUCGAUCUGAAAAUGCUGAAAUUAGCCGAUUACAGUCAUGUAUUAAUCACCUUCUUGAGUCUGGAGGUAGACGUGCUAGACGGAUAUAUCGUACAUAUAUAACAGCGAAACACUUAUGCCCAGCAUGGUUAUGUCAUCAAAAUCCUUUGAUAACAACACCACAACACAAUGUUUCAAAUACUGAAGAGGAAAAAUUAAAUUGGCAUAUUUCACAACCAUGGACAAAAAUAGCUGAAAGCUUAACAGCUGGUGAUGAUAAUGACGAUGAUUUUAAGGAUACUACUCAAUAUAGUAGUAUAGAUAAACUAAGGAAAAAAUGUCUACUUGAUGACGAAUAUUCAAGUGGUUCAGACCAUCAUCAACAGGACGACUAUCGACAGCAUCGACACCAUUAUCAUCAAAGCCGACAUUCCGAUGCUGAUGAAGACAGCGAGAAUGAUUCUCUGGAGGAGCCAAUCUUAAUGAAUAGAGAUUCAUCACCUGACUCAGUUGCAUAUUCACGCCUUACAGAGGAGGAAGGAGAAGAAGACAGAGUAGAAGGAAAUAACGUAUAUCUUCAUGUUUUGAAAAAUGAAGAAAAGUCAAUGAACUGUGAGGAAGGAAAACAGACAAGUCCACAAAAAGAAAAUGAAGCUGAAUAUGAUGAACAGGAAGAUGAUGAGGAGGAGGAAGAUGAAGAUGAAUGUGAACUAGAAUUAGCUGCAACACUCCAUCAACUUACACUGGACAAUGCUCGUCUAGAACAACUUAAUGCACGAUCAUUAGAAGCUAUACAAGCUGAAAGAAAUCGCUGUGCUGAUUUAAAAGUUUUACUGAAACUUCGUCAUAAUACGUAUAUUAAACCAACAGGAAUGAUUCAGACAUCAACAACAGAUCAUCUUAUGAGAUUCGAAGUCUCUGGUUCGCUAAAUCAGCACUCCAAUCUUAACCAAUCAUCAUCGAUUACUGCAUAG